AUGGAAUGCUCAACUCCAAAUGGCAGCUUUGAUCAACUCCCGGAGCUGACUCGCCUCUGCCAACGACACAAAAUGUGGCUUCAUGUGGAAGGACUUUCUUUCCUUCGAAUGGCGCUUCUUCCCUCUCCACCAGUUAAAGCAAACGCCGUGGCAGGUAUUAACAGCAUUAAUUUGGAGCUGUCGCUUUGUUUCGGUCUGCCUCGAUCUCUCAAUGUUCUCCUCAUGCAGUCAUCAAUGCCAGAAUCGAUUCUCCUUUACCUCAAUGUCUUUCCUGUUACUGCGGCAACAACGGCUGAAGAUUCUGAAAGGGACACAUCGGCGCUCUUCUCAAUUCCCAGAUCCCUACCCUCCAGUGGACUCAAAGAUGCUCUCUUCGCUUGGUUUGCACUUCGAACGCAUGAUGGAAGUCAUGUUAAGAGGCUUCAACAUGCCGAUCAUCUGACAAUGUACACACUUCAAAAGAUGAAGUCUCUUCAAUCUGUUGAAAUCCUGUCAAAUCACGAAGCGCCGCUGAAGACAACAAACGGUGAAGUUGUUGAAGGCGAUGAACACUUCAUCAAGCUACUUUAUGAAAACUCGUUUCACUGUCCAAUUGUCCUUUUCCGCUAUAUUCUCCCCGCUGCUCAAGAGGUUAAACCACCUGCACGGAAGUCUCUUUCUGGUAUGAACCCCAGCGCUUCCACCGAUGCCAAAGUUAAAAAGCGUUUUAUGUCGGAGUCUUCUGCUGUCUCCUCCACAAAAACGCCUUGUCGACACGUUGUCGACCUCAGAUACUUAAACAGCCUCAACCACUGGUUGGCCAGUGCUUUACAAUUUGAACACCCUGGGUUCUCUAUCAAAACACACUUCCUACCGGGUGGAAUGAUAGUUCUCAGAUUCUCCCUACUGGAUUCCUUGAAUAUUGCUGAAAUCACCGAUCAGGAUAUUGAUAAAUUGAUUGAAAAUAUAAAUUUCAAUUGCACUAUAAUGGAAGCGACUUGGCGUGAAAAACCGGACUUCUUCAAAUUGGUCAACUCCACCCCGGGCAUGUAUUAUUACAAUCUUCCCGAUUGGGCUGGUCUCGGUGCCGCUUUUUACGUUCCACACGCUUACCGUUGUCUUCUGCCUGAUGCCGAUGGCCUAUCACCGGAAGAAUAUCAAACUCAUCUCAUCAGCGCUCUCUUAAGACUUCCCCUAAAGGCAGCUCUCCACAUCUGUGAUCUUAAUCGUGAACUUAUCUCUUGUCUCCGUAAUCAUGACUACGCAUUCAGUUCGGCGCAAGUGAGAUUCGAUGGAUUGACUGGAAUCAAUGACGCAAUAGAAAGUCUAGCUUCGAGAUCUACUACCGGUGAUUCAGUAGGAAUUGAGGGGAAAAGUGAUGCGGAAAGUGAGAAUAAAAUGGCUCCCAUUUGUCAAGCACAACUCUACUGUUUGCGAUUUGGACUGAUAACGCCUGGGACAGAUACUAGUGAAAUGCUUCAGCUAGUCCUGAGAAUGGCAAAUGCGGUUGAGGAGGAUAGCAAUUACGUCAAUAACCUCUCCGAAGUGGUGAGACGUGGUAUUGAGGAAGCAACGAUGUACAUGAAUGAGGAACGCACCAAAAUCAUUCGGGAACAGGGUAUAUUACGCCAGUUGCCGUAUCUGGACAGAUUAGUCAAUUGGUGGUCACCUCCCAUUGACACACAGAUUCAUGGACGAGCUCUGAAUCUUUCCAUUGGGCAACUUGUAACCACAGAUACAAUUUUUCCCAAAUCCAGUCCUUCACCAUCACAACGAGAAAGCUUAUCCAAUGGAAAUGCAACCUUGGCUUUAGACGAGGAAAAAUCAUUAACCACUUCACCAGAACCUCAUCAGUCACUAUCGUCUUCCUCUUCCAUUUGGUCUUGGUUUCUUCCAUCCACCAGUGAAACUUCUAUCGUAACUGCAGAACCUGAUCGUGCAAGCAGUGAGAUGAAUGAAACAUCAUUUAUUAAGAGUGAGGUUGAUUCUGGAAUGAGAGUUGAACUUUGUGAACUUUAUUCAAAUAAUCCUUCAAUUCAAGCUGCCGCCCUAUGUAAGAUAUCAAAAUCCAUGAGCCCUGGCGCUCCUUUGGGCUCAUCAACCGCUGCAGAUUUGAUGCUCUCAUUUUGUUGUCAAGGGGAUUGCCGUGUAAGGGCUACAGCAAUUUCUUGUCUUUCAGACUGGGCUAAAUACUAUUCAAAGAAAUCAGCUGCCAUUACAGAUAUCGAAAAAUUUAACUGGAUCUCGAAACACUGGUUGCAAGUUUAUACUCUUGCCUGUAAAAUUCUCACAGAGGAUAACGCAAGAGUUCGCCUAGUCAGCCUAAAAUCUAUUCACUCAUUAAGUCUGCGCUUUGGCCAGAAAGAAUUUUCUCUGGAUACCGUCAACCCGCUUGAGUGUGCAUCUCUUGAUUCGCAGUUCUUCUCAAAUCGUGCUCACCCUUCUUGUAGAAAACCUGUGAAACUGAUUGAUGACGCAUUCAGUAGAAUUUGCGAUCGUUUUCAGGAUGGCAGCCGCUUUGUUAGGGUAUCUGCUGCUGAAUUGAUUGCUGAUUUAGCGGAGUUAGUUUCCGAUGACACUCUAGUGCUUACUCUUGAGAAGACAGUGAUGUCUGACCGGAAGGUUAAGCGCUAUUGCGAACGAGUGGCUGCCAAGGGAGGGAUGGACAAAAUUUCCCAACUGAGUACUCUCUCAAACUCCUCAAAAAGUCGUCGUCCAGGGGCCCAAAAGGGAUCGAGUGAUAUUGAUUCCAUCCCGCUUCUUGCAACUGGUAUUCCUGGGGCGUUCAUAUGUGGACUGGAAGAUGAGUUUCAAGAAGUUCGUUGUGCUAUGCUCAAGACAAUAACUAGAGUUGCGGCGCGGAAUACCCUAUUCGCUUCACUGUGUCAAGAUAUCCUUGUUGACAUGUUGACAGAUGAUAUUCAGGCUGUUCGACUUCUCGCCAUUGAAGCACUCCAGGUUGUUGGAGAUCAGGUACCAAUUCUCACCGACCAAAUGUCGAUUGUGACUUCAGCGUUGGCAGAAGACUGUGCAGUUGUUCGGAGACGUUUGCACGACUUGCUUUCGCGUUGUAGGCUCGGUUCACCACCCUGUCUACUUUCUCUUCUCGAUGGUCUUAUAAUGAAUAUGCGAAUGUAUAGGGAGGAUAGGGAUUCUAUCUGGAAUUGUGCGGCAUCCAUUGGUCGUCGUCACCCUGUGUUUGUUGAGUUAUCCGCUACUAGCUUGCUAAAAACUCACCCCUUCUAUGGUGAAGAGGUACCCUACAAGGAGGAUCCAAUUUACAUCACUGUGGCUUUAAUUGUGCUCAAUGCCUACCCAGCCAAACCCGAUAUGGCGGCCCAGUUCCCGCAACAUCUUAUAUCUUCACAGGCAUGUUUUCCUUCUGACACCUACUUGGUAACAGAUAAUUUGGUAGAAGAUUUAGAUUUAGACGAAGUCUUCUUUGAAUCUUGGCCCCAGCAAUCUGCUGAGUUAUCUUUUCUUAUGACUUUGGACGGGUGUAUACCGAAGAUUAGCCUUUUAACAAUCUAUCUGCGUGAAAUGAUGCCGCAUCUGUUACCUAAGGAGAUGCUGCCUUUGCCUUGCAUGGGAAAAUUAUCUACUGACUCGUAUCCUCCAGUAAAGAAAGCACGUGUUGAAGAUGGAGAAACUGCGGAUGCCCAAUUUUUACGAUUCCUAACCUCCACAGUCGAGAUGCUGCAUCGUUUGACAAUGGAAUGUGCUGAAUCUCUUCCUGCUCCUAGAAUAAUAUCCCAGAAACUGGCGAAAAUUGAAUAUAUGGAAGUCGAUGAGAAUAGCGGUGCAGAUUUGCAUAGUCGGAAUUGCGUGAAUCGCCUCAAAAGUAUAAUCAACGAAGAGUUGAGAAUCUGCCAGCGAACAUCGGAAGACAAUGCCUGCUUGGGACAUCUGCCUCACUUUCUUUCCUGCCUUCUCAAAGCUGUGCUUUCUCUUCUCUCGGCCUCUCUACCUGAUGAUAAAAUGGACUCCCUCUGUGCCGCAGAUGCUGUUGUGGCAACGCCUGAUCAACAAGCUAUUCAGGUUCAGCAAGCACUUCGUUUAACAAUUAAGGCCGAGCACUUGUUUUUCGGAUUGACCGCCAACGAAGUCAGCACAAUCCACACUCUCCGUUCCGCAGCCCAUCGUCUACAGAUCUCCUCUUUCCACGACACGGAGGCUGUUCGGCGCGCAGUCAAAGAAGUUGUCGACGUUUUCUUAAGCACCGACGGCAUUGUAUCUGCCGCUGAACGCAUUCGUAAGCCCCAGGCUCAACUUCUCUGCCCACCACCUAUAAGUUCAGAGACGAAUUCAACGACAAUGUCGGAGAAGAAGUCAGAGGCCAUUCCCGAAGUUCGAUUUACAGCCUUUCUUUCUUCGGUGGCUGUUCCAAUUCGGGCUGUCAUCACAGGAUUAACUCUGGAGCAAGCUAUUGACCGAGUCAGGGUUGUGUACUACCGGCCAGAUACUGGCAAACAACAUAAGCUCCAACAAACUUUGUGGAAACCUCCUGCGAACUGUUGGUCACCUUUACUCCAAUCCUCUUAUUCUGAGGAGACUGAUAAACGGUCUCUACCUCUGCCAUCUUCCGAAUGCAGAUCCCUCGAACUACAGACCAAGCUGGAGUUUGCUGCCUCUGGAUGGACUGCUACGGCAACGAUGGAAAUUGGACUGGGACUCAUUGUUCCUGUGGCAGCAGAUGAUAGUGGUGAUGUUAACGAAAAGGCAGCGAUAGCUCCUUUCUCUGGUGUUAUUUCUCUACUCCCUCCAGGCGUGGUUGGAAAAGUUAAAAUGCACCCUACGGAUACGUCAUAUACUUGGUGA